AUGCCGAGGUCAAUCGACUGGAAAAUCGGGGAGCGACGAAGGAUCAAUCGCGACCCGGAGUACCGUACCCUGACCAUCGAGGGAGUGAGGGAACUCCUAUCUACCGGCGAUGAAGAAGACCGCAGGGUAGCCCACAGCAUCGCGCGCGGGCUAUUGGAGCUUGAGUUUGACACUGACGUGGAGUUGCUGGAACAGUUGCAGCAACCCAUUUCCGCCUGA